UUCUGCUGUUUUAAUAUGUGGACGUAGCAUAGCAUCAUUUUUUACGGUGCUUCUUCACGCAGGCUGUUUUCUUGCUUUUGACGACAUUACACAAGUUUUCUUGAUCUUUUGCUAUUAUUCAGAACAAGUCAUUUUAUUUUCCCUGCACAGCAAUUAUGGUGACACAUUUGCACUUUUCAUUAAUAGCCCCACUCAGUUCAGGGUUUGACAGGAAAAAAAAAAAAAAAGCAGCAACGCCCGAUGACUCAAACUGGUGACAGAAUGUGUGACCUUGUGGCAAAACAUUUGGCUCAUGACAACACUUCACAAUUAUCUUACUGUAAGACGCCCUUAAUAAGCUCUCUGUCUAACACCAGCACAGGUGCCAGUGUUUUCACUCAGGUUUCACUUGGAACGGCUCUUUCCCGCCUUCUCAGGAUGAGUGUUCGGCUCAUUGCGGCUCUAGUGUUGUUUUCUCACUCUCAACAUUUCACAGCUCUGAUGGUGAUUGGCUGACGCAGUUUCAACGGCCAGGUUUCAGAAAUGAGUUUCUCUCCAAUACAAAAAAAAGAAACGUUUUCACAUAGCGGUAGAAACUAGUUUGGAUAACUGUUCUCAAGCCACCCAGUUGCCAUGGGGACGUGACCGCUGCUUUGUCUGAGUGGGGAGGAAAAGUCAUACUGUGGUCACGGCCAUGGAGACCCUGUGGUCCGUGUACGCCCUGGCGCUCCUGUUUUCAGUGGACGCAGCCCACUCACACAAAGGCUCGAAAGGACUCUCCUGCGUAAACGACUUUGUCAACAAUGUCAGCUGUACGUGGAACGGCUCUCCGGUGGCUCCUGAUGUGAACUGCUUGAUCACUGGUACGAAGAGAACAAGGAUCAUGGUGAACAACAUGAGACUCCCCAGCCUAAUAAUUCGAACCUGCAAGCUGGAGCAGCACGGGGGCUCUCCUCCAGGCUGCAGCUUUGCCUUUGAAAAUAAAGAAUUCAACCGUUUUAAAGACAUGCCCUACAUCAGCAUGGAGUGUGACGGCAUGUUGGUGGAGAACCUCACAAACUAUAAGCCACUGAAUCACAUCAAGAUGCAUCCUCCAGGUGUUCCCAGCGUCAACAGCACCGCCAACGAGACCUGGAUCUCAUGGAACGGGAGCAGUCCUCGCUCUGUCUUCAUCAAAUCCUGUGACUUCGAAGUUCAAAUCAAGCAGAAAAAACAGGCGUGGAAGGAGGCCAGCACUCUGUCCACACGGGAAUUAAAGCUAAGAAUACCUUCUUGGCAACUGAAGGGGCACUGCGAGGUCAGGGUGAGAGUCUACCCCACUGACUGGCCUAACAGCCACUGGAGCGACUGGAGUCCAGUAACAUCCUGGGAAGGAGCAGCAGAUGUAGCGUCGCAGAAUAAAGAGUGGCUUCUGGAUCAGACGUCGCUGAUGAUCUGCGGAGUCAUGUUCAGCCUGGGUCUCGUACUUGUGAUGCUGGUCCUGCACAGGAUUUGCGUGAGCAAGGGGCUAGCGGCCCCCGCCUGCUGCUGCUGGCUCCACAAAGAGAAGCCGGUGCCGAACCCGUCGAAGUACUUCCACACUCUGCACUCUGUCCACGGAGGAAAUCUGAAGAAAUGGCUGAAUCCUCUGUCGGCUCCUGUGUCAUUCUUCACGGCUCAGCCACGCGACCACAUCUCCCCGGUUGAGUUGUGCAAAAGCUCCGACGUGGUCCCCUCCACCUCUCCCUCCUCCAGCUCCACCACCGCCCUGCUUCACUGCAAGAGCUACUCCUCGGCCGGCUCAGACACCAGCGGAGUCGCUGGCGAUUCCUCCUCCUCCUCUUCGUCCGGCUUCUCCAACAUGGGCUACUUCUUGUCCAGCUCCUCCAGCAGCUCAGCUCCAACUGACCCCAAUCCCGCCUACUUCACCUACCAGGAGGAGUUCCACAAUCUGAACAACAGCCACAGCCUCCACCUCUCCCUCUGCCCCUCCAUCAACACCUUCCCAAGCUACGAGAGCUUGAAGAGGGAGCCGCUGAGCCCAGACUCCGGCUUUGGCAUCGGAAAGGAAGAUGAAGAGGACAAGGAAGAUAAAAAGGUUGCGGGUGUGGAAGGGGAAGAGGUUUCCGAUGAUCACCAGACCUCUCCUCUUCUCAUCCUCCCUGUGCAUCAUCCUUCCCGGAUGUGCCCCCUCUCCUCCCCUCCACCCCCUCCUAUCAACCCCAGUCUAACUCAGGUAUCCUCUGAUAGUCAACAGGUGGAUACACCUUUGCUGGUUGCUAGCGGUAGCUAUGCAGCCUGGCCUUUGGCCGGUGCCGUGUGCAGGUCUUCCUCCAUGCCUGUGGAGCCCUGUAAAACAGGGUACCUGACCCUCAAAGAGCUGCAGACAACGUUCAGCAAUAAAUCCAUCUAAAAAGUCGUCAUUUAUCUGGAAGAUAAAUAUCCCUGCGCUGUCAUUUUAGAUUGAAUGCAUUUACAUCAUGAGCAGAGUACUGUUUAUUCUGGUCUGGUUGUGGAUGCAGUCAUCUCCAACACAGCAAGUGUUCUUAUUUAGUUUUAACUACUAUGUUUUCUUUUAUUAUUAUUGCUUUCAACCCACACUGAUGACAACCGACUUUUGGUGGCUUGAGGGAAGUUGAGUCCACAUGACUGACAUAUUAUCACUUUAUUAAGUCUUAAUGGUGAACAUGUGAGCAAACAGUUGCCCAUUUCCACAUUCAGCAGACACUGAGCUAAUGCUGGCAUUUAUUUUGAGUCAUAUUUUUGGACGUAGUCCAAUAUUCACCAUCUCCCAAAGGAAAUAUCUGUCUCUUUAGCUGCUAAAUGCUCCACUAUGUUCACCAGCUACUUGCUAACCUUGUCAGCUGUUUCAUGAUGGACAGCCAGCGUCCAGUGGGGUUAUCACAGCGCUUUUUCAGCUGCCUGCUGCUGCUGCUGGAAACAAGUUUAACACAAGCGGUGAGAGUGAACCAAAAACAGCGCAGGCGCAGGAAAUCCAAGAUAAUGAACGAAAAAGGGGGAGCUGCAGAGUCGGGUGAUAAUUCUGUGCUACUACAUCGGAAAGAGGGACCCCUGUAGCAUGACGCAUAGUCAUUUGAUCAGUCAUAAAAGUGCAUAAUUCUAAUCAUUUUGUAGCAGGAAUUUGUCCUCAUGAGACUGGUGUCUCAGAGAGAGAGAUAUACAUGUUUAUAGAUAAUGUGCUGGCCCAUUAUGUAGCUGAUACAUAUGUAAAAUAGUGCACAAUACCUUAUAGCUGAAUGCGGACAAUACUAUGGGACUCCUAACGGGUAUUUUUUUAUGUUUCAUUGUGCUUUAUUUGCAUUAGUCUGCAAAUACAUGUGAAGUAGCAUUGCAAAGCAGAGCAUUAAAGUAGACAUUACUUCAAAUUAAAUGCUCCAGUCAGUUAUUAAUGACACUGUCUUUUUUUUUUAAAUGUAGCUUUUUGUUGCUUUAACCCAAAUCUUCCAAGUCUUCUUCCUUUAAAACUACUUACACCAUUUUCGAGUAAAAGGAGAAUUUGGCUAAAUGAACGUGCGUCAUUCAUUACAGGCAGAUCUGUAAUGGUGAAAGCAGUGAAGCAGGAUUUAAUGUGCUUUGGUCGUGUAAUCAAAUCACCUUUAUUAAAGAGCAUGUGAGCAUCGCUGUAGAGCGGAAUCAUGACAAGGCUUUGUUAGUGCUCGCACAGUCUGAUCUGGUGUUUAAUGGUGUAACUAACCACCCCUACAGCAACAUUUAAGCAAUGAUGUCCGUCUAUCUCCUGUCAAAAGUAAGGCAGCUGGUUUGCCUCUGAUGUUUUGUUUGUCAAUCUCAUUUUUUAAAAAUGAUUUCAUACUGUUUAACGGGUCAAUUCAGCACUUUUUAUCCUUAUUAAUCAUUAUUUCAGAUACAGGGCAUCCAUCCUACGAUAUAGCAGCACCUGGUCAUGUUUACUAUCCACCAUAUAGAAAUGUGUGUACAAGCAUAACUGAUUUAGUGGAAUAUUUAUCAGAUUGCUAUUUCUAGGUGACUGUAAAUCAUUGAGGUCGGUGAUGAAUGUCGCUGCUCUUGUCUCUAUAUAUGCAGUGUAUUUCCGCUGCACUCGUGUCAUCUGUGCAAAGACCAAACAAAAUAAAACCUCUGGUAGA